AUGUUGGUCCUUUUUGAAACCCCGGCCGGUUACGCUAUAUUUAAGCUUCUUAAUGAAAACAAACUUAAACAAACGGAUAACUUAUAUUUGGAAUUCGAAACGCCAGAAGCUGCUAGUAAGAUUGUAAAAUUGAAGCAUUUUGAAAAGUUCACUGACACUACUGAAGCUCUUGCUGCAACCACAGCCGCUGUGGAAGGAAAACUGUCUAAAAGCCUCAAGAAGGUACUGAAAAAAUAUGUUGACAAAGACAUACAAGAUCAGCUAUUAGUAGCAGACGCAAAAUUAGGAAGUGCAAUAAAGGACAAACUUAAUUUGCAAUGCAUAUCCAACACAGCUGUUCAGGAGUUAAUGCGGUGCAUUCGUUGCCAAUUGGACAGUCUUCUGGCAGGACUUCCCAAAAAAGAAAUGACAGCUAUGGCAUUAGGAUUGGCACAUUCCUUAUCAAGAUAUAAACUAAAAUUCUCCCCUGACAAAAUAGACACAAUGAUCAUCCAGGCAGUAAGUUUGUUAGAUGAUUUAGACAAAGAACUCAACAAUUACAUGAUGAGAUGUAGAGAAUGGUAUGGGUGGCAUUUUCCUGAGUUGGGAAAAAUAAUUACUGAUAACAUUGCUUUUGUCAAAACUGUAAAAAUUAUUGGAACAAGGGAGCAUGCAGCAGAAUCAGAUCUGUCAGAUAUUCUUCCUGAAGAACUUGAAGAGAAAGUAAAGGAAGCAGCAGAAAUUUCAAUGGGUACUGAAAUAUCAGAAGAGGAUAUAAUCAACAUUCAACAUUUGUGUGAUCAAGUCAUAGAAAUAUCUAAUUAUCGGACCCAACUAUAUGAUUAUUUGAAAACACGGAUGAUGGCCAUGGCUCCAAAUGUAACUGUAUUAGUAGGAGACCUAGUGGGAGCAAGACUUAUUGCCCACGCUGGUUCUUUAAUGAAUUUGGCCAAAUAUCCAGCAUCUACUAUACAGAUCUUAGGUUCAGAAAAAGCUCUCUUUAGAGCUUUGAAAACUAAAAAGGAUACUCCAAAGUAUGGCCUAAUUUAUCAUGCACAGUUGAUAGGUCAAGCAAGUGUUAAAAAUAAAGGAAAAGUAUCGCGAAUGUUAGCAGCCAAAACAGCCCUAGGUGCUCGCGUUGACGCUUUAGGGGAGGACGCAUCUUUUAUUUUAGGGGCUGAGCACAAGGCCAAGUUAGAAGCUAGACUUCGAAUACUGGAAGAAGGAAAUUUGAAGAGGAUAAGUGGAACUGGAAAGGCCAAAGCAAAGUUUGAAAAAUACCAUGCAGUCAGUGAGAUAAAGCAAUACCCUGCUGCUGCAGAUUCAACACUUCCACCUAGUAAAAGAAAGAGAUCAGUUUCAGAAGACAACAAGUCAUUAAAAGAAGAAAAAGUUGAUGUUAAAGAGGAAGAUGGUGAAGCAUCAUUCUCAACACCAAAGCAAAAGAAGAAGAAAUCCAAAAAAGAUCACACAAAAGAAGAUACACAAGAAGAAAUAAGCGUAAAGACCGAAGAUGAAGAAACGAUGGCAGAGCCAUCGGUUUCUGAAGGAGGUUCUUUAAAGAAAAAGAAAAAGAAGAAACAGCAACAAGAAGCUGAAGAAAGUAUACAAGUAAAAGAAGAAAUUGAAGAUGAGGCGGCAGAAGACACCCCGCAAAAGAAAAAGAAGAAGAAGAAGAUUGAAGGGCAAUUUUCAGUAGUUGAAACAACUACUCCUAGUUCUGAAAAGAAAAAGAAAAAGAAAAGGGCUGCAACAAGCACCGAGUAAUAAAUACGUGGAAGACAGACAUAACAUGUGAAGCUUCGAUGGGAGCACUUAAACUAUGUAACAUCUCUGAUUUUAAGUAUCUCCUUUAAAAAAAUAUUUUAAUUCAAUCAUAUGUAUAAAAGUAAAACAGAGUUAAUUUCAGUGUAAUUGGUUACACUUUUUAAUUAUAUUGUAGAAGUGCCACUCUGCAUCUAUAAAAAUAAGUAAAUUUUUGUCAAUGUUUA